UUCUGGAAUGUGACGAAUGUGACUGUGGGAGAGAAGAAGGGGCACACACACACACAAACUCGGGACUCACUAAGUAAAGGAAAAGAAGGAAGAAAAAGGAGUUUCUUUCGGUUCGGAGUGCUAGAUGGCUACUACGGAGUCCCUGCAACCUAAUGACAGUGGCUGUAUUGGGAAUUUUAAAGAGACUUUAGUCAAGCUAGAAAAAGCACUUAAAUUGUUGCAAGAAGAAGAUUUCGUAAAGGAAGAUGAUAUAACAUUCCUCAAGAGUUUCUUUAGUAACCCUGGCUUUAAAACGCUCUGUGACAUAAAUGACAAAGUUGCUUACUCUCAGAGUUUCGAUCAACCAGAAGGGAGUGCUACUGAUGCCAUUCAUGAUCUAAGAGCUCACACCCCUUGUAGUGAUAAGACAGAGGCAGAGCUGAUGGACCUCCUUCAAAAACCAUUUUUAGAAUCUAUUUUGUCAGUACAUGAUCAAGUUAGGAAAAGAGCAUAUGAGACUCAGCUACCAGCCUUUGAUCCUCAUUUUCAUCCUCAAACCAGAUCUGCCAGGAAAGGUAAUGGAGCUGAUGUCCGUACUGUUGGUUUGCACAAAAGCUCAAAUGAACCACUUGGAGUAACAUUAAAGCUACUAAACAAUAAACUUGUCAUAGCAAGAAUAUUACAUGGAGGUCUUAUUCAUAGACAAGGCCUUUUACAAGUUGGUGAUCGUAUUGUUGAAGUCAAUGGUGAAAUGGUUGACAGUAUGAGCCCAGCCGAUCUACAAGCAAUGCUUAAACAUAGCUCUGGCUCUGUUGUGAUAAGAGUGGAACCUGGCUUCAAGGAAACCGCCGGAUUAACUGAUAUAUUCAUGAAAGCCCAUUUUGAUUAUGAUCCAAGAGGUGACAAGUUGAUACCAUCACAAGAAGCUGGGCUCUCGUUUAAAAAGGGAGACAUUCUGAGAGUAUUGAAUCAAGAUGAUAGCUUCUGGUGGCAGGCCAUUAAAUAUGGUGAGAAUCAAGUUGCUGGCCUAAUACCUAGUAGAAUGCUUGAGGAGAGGAGGAAAGCAUUUAAUUCUGCAGAUGGACGAAUAACUGUUGGAUGUGUUGGCAAGAAGAAACCAAAGAGGAAAGUUAUGUAUAGUUCUCACCAUUGUGGAGAGUUUGAAUCUUAUGACAUGGUGUUGUAUGAACCUGUAAUGAUGGUAGAAGAUUUUCAGUACAAAGUUUUAGUUUUGAUUGGUGCUCCCAACAUUGGCAGACGAAGUCUUAAGACCCGUCUAUUGGCAGAAUAUCCAGAUAGAUACUGUGAUGUGAAUGCUCAUACUACUAGAGAUAUUCAAAAUGAUGAAGACCAGGGUAACUUUUAUUUUGUUUCUGAGAAUGAAAUGAGACAAGACAUAAUGCUUCACAAAUUUAUUGAAUUCGGUAAGCACAAAGAGCAUCUGUAUGGCAUAAAGGCAGAAUCAAUCCAAAGUGCCAUUGAUAGCUCCAAGAUAUGUGUACUUGAUGUUCAUCCACAAGCAUUAAAGCAUCUUCGCACUAGCCAGUUCUGUCCUCUGGUUGUGUUCAUUAAAGCUUCUAGUCCUGACAGUGUACGCAGACUGCAUAGAUCAGCCCGGGUUGAUAAGCAAGGUGGAUUCUCUGGAUUAGAUGAAAGAGACUUUGAGUUAUGCUAUCAGGAGUCUUGUCGCAUUGAGAAUCUUUACUCGCACUACUUUGAUGCAUCGAUAGUUAAUGAAAACAUUGAUGUUGCUUAUGAAGAACUGUGUGCUGCGUUGAGGUUGUACUCGUAUGGUAAACGCUGGGUUCCUAGCAACUGGAUAAUGUGAUGAAUGAUUAAUUAAUUUUAAAAAAGAACGACACUGCUUCUAAUUAUUUUUUCAAAAAUCAACACAACUGCAUAAUAAUUUACAACUUCUAAUCUAACCAUUACGAGAUGUGCUGUGUGGAAUCUUUCUUUUAAAAAUUAUUUUUAAUUAUCUACAAAUUUUAAAUUUUUCAAUUUGUGCACUGACUUUGUGCUAAUUUAAUUUUGGUUUGAUCAUAAUUUUAUGAGAAAAUUAAUUUUUAUUUUAA